AUGGCGAAUGUCGCCUCUCCCGAAGAGGCGGUCCUCUACCGCGAGCAGGGCCGCAUCGCCAUCAUCACGCUGAACCUGCCCAAGAAGCUCAACGCCAUGACGCAGCAGUACUACUACCGCAUAUCGUGCCUGCUGCGCGACAUCGCCGAGAACCCGGCCAUCAGCGUGACGGUGAUUACGGGCAGCGGACGGUUCUUCUCCGCGGGCGCCAACGUCACGAGCACCCGCCCGGGCGUCGGGCCGGACAUGGACAAAGACGCCGCCCGCAACGACAUCCUGAAGGGCUUCGUGGCGAACAAUCUGGACAUUACGCGUUCGUUCUACGCGCACCCCAAGGUGCUGAUCGGGGCGCUGAACGGGCCGACGGUCGGCCUGUCCGCCGCGCUGCUGGGAUUCUGCGACUUCAUCUACGCGGCGCCGCACACGUUCUUGCUCACGCCGUUCUCGUCGCUGGGUCUCGUCGCCGAGGGAGGGGCCAGCUACGGCCUGGUCCAGCGGAUGGGCAUUUCCAAGGCCAACGAAGCGCUCAUCAUGUCGCGCAAGAUUCCGUGCGACGAGCUCGUCGCGUGCGGGUUCGUGAACAAGGUGUUCAGCGGGAAGGACCAGAACGACUCGGACGGGUUCCUGAAACAGGUCCUCGCCGAGGUGGAGGACAAGUUGGGCGACCAUUUGAACCAGGAGUCCAUCGUCAAGAUCAAGCAGUUGGUCCGGGCGCCCUACUUGGAGAGUAUGGAGGCGCAGGGCGUCCGCGAGGUCAUGGAGGGGAUGAAGCGCUUUGUGGUCGGCGCGCCGCAGGAGGAGUUCAAGAAGAUCGCCAGUGGGCAGAAGAGGCAUAAGUUGUAG